AUGGCUGAAGAUGAGAUUGAAUAUGAGGGACUUUCAUCAGAUGCAGGAUUCGCGGUCAACAUGGCUGCGGGUGCCCUCGCUGGUAUCACGGAGCACGCUGUCAUGUACCCAGUAGACAGCAUAAAGACUCGAAUGCAAGUCUUUGCGACCAGCCAAGCAGCAAUCUACUCUGGUGUAGGGAAUGCAUUUUCUCGAAUAUCGUCGACUGAAGGCAUGCGAGCGUUAUGGCGGGGCGUCAAUUCGGUGAUCUUGGGCGCAGGUCCGGCACACGCGGUGCAUUUUGGUGUGUAUGAGGCUGUCAAGGAGUUUACUGGGGGUAAUAGAGUUGGGAACCAAAUGAUUUCGACUUCUAUUGCGGGCGCUGCUGCAACUAUUGCAAGUGAUGCUUUAAUGAAUCCUUUUGAUGUUGUGAAGCAACGAAUGCAAAUGCACGGCUCUGAAUUCCGUUCAGUCAUAAAAUGUGCACAAACGGUACUUAAAACCGAAGGGAUCGGGGCGUUCUACGUGUCGUACCCAACGACGAUCAUGAUGACUGUUCCCUUCACUGCGGCGCAGUUCACUGUAUACGAACAUAUAAAACGGAUUAUAAAUCCACGUAAUGAAUACUCCCCAGCGUCGCACGUCGUGUCAGGUGGGUUAGCGGGCGCUGUUGCGGCAGGGAUAACGACACCGCUUGAUGUGGCGAAGACUUUACUACAGACGCGCGGUACCUCGAAUGACCCGGAGAUUCGCGGUGCGCGUGGGAUUGUGGAUGCUGUACGGAUUAUUUACAUGCGAGAUGGGUUGAAGGGGUUCAUGAGGGGUCUUACGCCGCGCGUAUUGACAAAUAUGCCGAGUAACGCACUGUGUUGGCUGUCGUAUGAAUUCUUUAGUGAGUAA